AUGGCAACUCUUGCCGCUACCGCCGCCGCCGCCGCUGUCGCCCGUGUUCCUCCCAUCGCUGCGCAACUCAGUGCUAUGGUCAUGCCUCGUGUGCAUUUCUUGUUUACUUUGGAAUGCCGUGGUGUGUUUUUAUCAGACAGAGAACUUGCUCUAUGCAGAAUAUGAGGAUCCGGAUGUGGGGGAAUUGCUGCAGGAUCCCGGGGACGUCUGGCCGGUGGACGGAUGAGCCUCUGUACUCCAGCCAUCGGAUGAAGAGGUGACGCACUGUCGAACUUCUUCCCUUCAUCCAGUGAGCAAAUGUUUGGGGAAACAAUCUUAUUUGCGGAUUUGCUCCCCAUCCGCUAACUCAGGAAAAAAUAUUCGAUUCUUAGCUGUUUAGUCGUUGUGUUUGGUGUGGCCUCUAGGUGACCACUGGAAUGUUGGCUAUUGACUUUUUCUGUAAGCUAACAAUCCACCUGAUCUCUUGAGAUUGGAUAUACUUCAAAUAAUUCCAUUCUGGUAUAUGCAUGAGAAGAUGAACACGUGCAUAUACCCUUCCUGUACUUGCAUCUUAUUUAACACAAGUCUAAUGUCUAUGCGGAUGGGGUACCAAUAUGUGUGUCCCAACGGUCACAACAUAAUCCAAGCUUACGACCCAGAUAAUUGGUCCCUUGGACAUGGAAGUGUGUAAUAUGCUAUAUUUUCGUUGACAAGGGCCCAAAUAUAGUGAUAUAAGUCAUUUCCUGCAAUGCAUUGAUCAACUGAAAUAUACCUUAAGGACCCUGACGUUUAUCGAUGUCCUAUGCCCGUUUCUUCACGUUCGGAAAGUCUGAUUGUUUGUGACGUGAGGAAAAAGUCCUUCCACUUUCAAUACGUGAGUUUCUAUUUUUUCCUGGGUUUCACAAAGUCACAUGACCGCUAUAAAAUCAUAUGUAAAUGGAGGAAACCAUACUUUUACUUGUAAGUUUAUGACGGAACGAGGAUUAAAAAUACUUACGUUUUAGAUCGAUCUCCCAUUAUUAACUGUAACCUAAAGUCAUCAUAUUUUAUUCAAAAAACAGAAAAAAUCCACCUGAAUGCAUUUUCUGCAUUUAUGAUUUAUUCUUUGUAACGAAUCAACUACCUCCUAACGUGUGAUACACUGCCUCUCUUUGGAGAGUACACUUUUCAACCUCAGAUGUAUUGUUUGUGUAAAUUUCAUACAUUUCUUGAGAUAUCAUCUCCGCUAGUGUGUUUGCACCGGAAGUUCUACUGUUCCUGUGAGUGCCUCUUCUGGGUUAAUAUCCUGUAAGUGAUCUAUGCGCUUCAGAAAGAAAGAUAGAUUGAUAUGUUGACUUACCUCUAGUAUAUCUUCAAUUUUAUUGCCAUUGGCUUUGACCGUUGCAAGUUUCUUUCUUGUGAUGCUAAAUAAGACAUGCUUUUGAUAUUGCCCUCCAAAAUUUCUUUCUUUUAAAGUUAGAUUUAACUCGUCUGUGGUCCAUUUCCUGGAGAUGCUGAUAGAAAAAUUACCUAUUUAUCAGGAGAGUCUCAGUCUGUGCAACCAGUAAAGAUGCUGAGAAAUCUUUUCAGAAGACUGUGGAAGUUGACCGACUGAUAGAUAUGCUGAGGGAUUCAAAUUCUAAGGAAGUAAGUGUAAAAUAUAAUAUCUAAUCUUUCAUCUGCCACUAUCACUGUGCAUGUGUAGCUUUAUUUUCCCUGCCUUGGACCAAUGCGUUCGGUGAGAAACAAAAAUAUGACAUUAUGGAAGGGGAUUAAUGAUGUUCAACUUAGGAAUUUGAAAAAAAAUCUUCUUGUACUUAAUUUUUCUUUCUAACUUGGAGUAAGUCAACCACCAAAAUCUUGAACGUUUGAGACUAACUAAGUUAUUGCUUCAUUUUUGUUUCAACAUAAACGACGUCUUUGACCCAAUAUGAUUCUGUUGCGAAGCCAACCGUCGUCUACACAAGACGACCUAGACCCCCACGUUGAGGGGGGACCACGACAGAAUAAUGUACUGAGGCCUAUAAAUAUAGAAGAGGCCAAAGUAAGAAGGUAGUGGAGAAAACAGAGAGUGGAGAGGGAGGUCUGUCCCUGGAGAGGUCCGAUUCGGGCUCUCCUGUUCCUGAGGAUUGAUCCGACCUCAGGAACUCACCCUACUGUCUGCAAACCUCUAUUGUCUUUCCAAUUUCCAUUUUCAAUUGUUCAAUCUGGUUCUUCUAUACAACAGAGAGUUGAUUCCCUGAAUGAGCCACGUCUAAGGUAAGAUUAGGGUGAAGACUCGCCCCAUAUCUCAAGAGGUUCGUAACAGAUUCACGGUUGGUUUUAAGUGGGCCAGGCUUGUGUCUGGUUAUAGCAAAAUGUUAUGAACGUUUUGGUUUAACUUGCUAAUAUCCUCUCCGUUUGCUUUAGAGGUAUACGACCUACUUGAUUAUCCUGGCAUUUUCCUGCAUUCCAAUCGUAAACUUUACCUUUUUUCUUUUGUCUGAUGUAAUUGAACUAACAGAGUUCCAAUAACACUGAGUGAUCACAAGCUUAUACUAGUUUUGGAAACCUCUAGUUUCAUCUAAAGGUUUAAAUCCACAUUCACUAUCCUAUGGGGUUCCCUUUGAAAAUAUAAUAUGUUACUUAAAAAUUGAUUUCCUCACUUCUUUCUCCUCUCUUUCUAAAGUCAAUGUGAAUCAUUGAGUGUUUCUCCCUUUCUGUGUUUACAUUCAUACUGGAUAAUACUGUUUUCCUAGCCCAGAAACCUGUUGUAUUUGACUUCUAAUGGCCAAGCUAUUGCCCAACGUUACCACUCCAAGGAACUCUUCUACUUUCUGUAGGAUUAGAUCAGGCAAGACGUAGGGUCGAAAUUUUUUCCAGGCCUUUGGAUCCCUUAUUAAGAGGCUGGCCAGUGAAAUUGGGAUAGAAUAGUUUUACCAUUCUCAAUAUGGAACAAUUAUUUGUUUCCUUCUAUUAUGCAAUCUUCGUUUCGUCAUUUUAUUCUUUCCUAAUUAGAUAGAGUUUUAUCCUUUAAUUAAGAUCCUGCUAUACUUUGUUGUUGCCUUUUACAGACUCAAAUUCCCUCUUUUAUAUACUGUAAAGACUAUGAAAGAAGCUCGGAGGUUCCUUAGGAGGAAAGCACUAAAACUCAUUCAUGUUGUUCCGUUCUUUCUUGAUCCUCUCUCAUCUUGUCACGUAAUGUCAUCUAUCUAGCUGCAUUUCUUUUUUUCUUUGGUGAGAAUGUUGUUGACGGUCAAAAUAUAGCGAUUAAAGUUAACCAAUUGCUGACUGAAUCGUCAUUGCUUCAUUGUUACUUGAAUGAUGUUUCUAGUUAUUCCUUCGCAGUUCUACCAAAGCUUCCACUAGGAAAAACAUAGGAGGAAAACAAAUAGUUUACAUGAAUCUAAAUACCCUGGACCUGUUUGAAAUUAUGAAUGCUUAUUUUAGACCAACUGUUAACUAUUGUGGCUGACUAUUAUCUUUUUUUUUUUGUUCAACCAGCUUGAGAAACUCAUCGUUGAGAAUAUACUGUCCUUUGAUGAGAAUUUCUGGAUUCGGCUUGCAGCUAGAAGUGACACAUGCAAAUCAGAUGAUGAUAAAGCAUGGUUUUUUACUUGGUUGACUUUUCCUGCUUUUCAUUUUCUUAUUUUAUUUCAAAAAAAAUCAAAACUUUAGUUUCUUUUCUUGAAAGUGCAUUGGAUUCUUCCACUGAUAUGAUUAAAAUCAAAUCCAAUAGAAUAUAAUCAAAUAACACUUUGUAAAACCAUAUCAUCCGUUAAGUACUACGAAACUUUUGAAUGUACACAUCUCUCAAUCAAGCAACUAAAAUUUUCAUUUUAAAGACCCGAAGUCUAGAAAGGUGCCAUGAUGGUUCUCUUUGGUGGGAUACAAAUGCACAUUCUGUAUAAGUCCUAACGCACAGAGGAAGGUAGUUCUUGCUCUUCUCCCCGCACAGAAUUAAAAGGGCACGUAAGUGAGAAAGUUCCUGUGGUCUUUCUGUGGUCAUUCACUGAAUCAGUAGUCAGCAUCCUAUCGUACAAGAUGCUAUGGGUUGAAAGAUCAGUAAGCCCUCCACGUCAUCUGUAACAAAGUCCGCUCCUUUUGAUCUUACCAUUCUUGUAAACCUCUGUUUCGCUUUCCAUUCUUCCUACUUUAAUAAGCUUUGUAGUUGUCAUAAUCACUGGGUCGACUGGAACGGUCUCUAGAUCCAGACAAAAUUUCCGGGAUCUGCUCUCACCGACUCCCUCAUAUGAGCAUGAUUCCCUAUUGUACGAAGUUAUUUAUCAGAGUUUCUGUAAUACCUGUCACUAUGUGCACACUCAUCAUAAACUUUGCUUCCAUGUGUCUUUAGAUCAGUCAGGUAUGUUAGGCAAGAUAUUCUUGUUCAAAAUUCAUUACUCUGUCGAGUUAGCAACUGCAUCCAAUCCACUGCUCUUCUCUUUAAUCCAACAUGCCUUUAUUUCCUUCAAUGAGUGGCUUAUUUAAUAUGCGGCAAUAAUCUUUCUCCUCCUGCCUACUGCGAUACUAUUUGCAAUACUGAUGCUGGCUGUUGUCAGAAUUUUUUACCAAUAUCAAAUCAAGAUCAUUUCUUGGCUGGAAAGUAUCUCCUCAAGUUGGGACGUGUUUAAUUGAUUUCAUUAUGGUAAACAUUAUUAUAGACAGAUAAAUGUAUUCCAGCAACCUUGAUGAUCAUUCUAGCUCAAAGGUCCUUUAGUGAAUCAGGUACUCCAAAUCGGUUCACCUUCGGUAGUCGCUAACUCUAUUCUCUAAGCUCGUCAGGUUUUGGGUGAUUUUUCAUUAUUCUCUUGACAAUUUCAACCUUGAAUGCAUCCUUCAGGGGAUUUUUGGGUCAAUGAGUUAAAACUAUAGUGUAACAGGUGAUAAAACUAAAGCCUUGAACCUUCACUAUCCAGGGAUUCCACCAUCCUCUGUUUAUUCUUUCUUCUCAGGAAGCUUAUUUUUUUAUCUCACCAGAUAGCCUCAUCCUCCCAGCUACCCACCCUUUUUUUUAAGAUCAUAAUGUGUUUCUUUCUUGAAUUCUUAAUGUAAAGCUGUAUCACAGUGUGAUGAUAAUUAAUUGUGGUAGGUUUUAUGGUUUAUGUAGAACGUAUUAAGGAUGGUGGUUCCUUGUUGUACAGAAAGAUUACGAGGAAUUGGCAACAUCAGUGAUGAGCAUAGUUGAGUGCGUUGUUCAUAAGACCAGGGUAAGUUUUUCCCUCUUCUCACUAUUGUUUGUCAUGUAAGGUUGAUAUUUAUUAGUUCGGCCAUUUUCACAUUGAAUGCAUGGGAAGACGUUAAACUUCAUCUUUAGUUGUUGUUUGAAACGUGCUCAGUUAUUCCUACGGAAUGUCUGACCUAAACGAUGUUAUCCUUUGUUUUGAUGCUUAAUCAUAGCCUGUGCAAGCAGUAGAUGUGUUCAAUGGGCCAACAUCGGUAAUUCCAACCUGUGGAGAUAAAUAUAUUUCUUGGCUCAGAUCCUCCCAGGCUGGGGGCCAUGACCUGAUGAAUCCCAAGCCUGGCCCAGACUGAUCUGUGUCCAAUCAUUAUGGGCUCCAUUACAGCCCACGUUAGCACAUCAGACCCAACUGAUGAUAUUCAUUUUCUGGCCAAAUUAUACAUGCCAGCUUGUGUAGCCGCCACCGUUGACCUUGUAGCUGUGUGCUGCCACACCUGCUACCUACUCCCGGAUCCCGUAUGUGCCUGGUGUUGGUGGCGGCGAAGACACGACUGCAGCAUUAGACUAUUCAAUCUGUCGCUAUUAACUCUCAAAUGCCUGCCAGUGGUGGCUUCUGUGUCAUGUUGCCACUCCGGCACUAGCACUAACACCCACAUCCCUGCCCGGAUCAAAUGGCAGCGGUGGCUGUAGCAGCAUGCUUCCAUGCCUGUGCCACUCUCACCAGCUUUGGCCCAACCACCACCACAUGUCCUGCCAUGCCAGCAGAAAUGGCUAACACCGCCCCCCCUACCCACUGUUGGUGGCCUGUCAUGCUCAUCCCAACAUGUCAGAUCGGAGUGGGGAGAUUUGAGAAUUAUUUGGUUGCGGAGGGAAGUUGAGCGGGUUGUGAAGUGAGAUUUGGGAAGGCAAAGCUAGGACAUGGGGAUGGAUAUGGGAAGGGGAGGGAGGAGGACAUAGGGAGAAGAAGUCUGGGAUAUAUGGACUUCCAGACCAAAUCCUACCUAAGUUUGGGGCCAGUCCUACCAAAAAUGACUCAGCUGGAUGUCCAAGCCCGUGCCCUUGUGAAACCUGGCCAGGCCAGCUUUCUGGGUUACCUGGCCUAGUUUCUCGCCCGAUAAGUAGAUGAUCUGAGAUUUUACAUUAAGUUCAUAAACCAAUAGGACUCCAAGAAACGUAGUAUUUUAAGUAUUGUCUGCAUCCGUUCGUUCUUUUUGCUCUUGUUGCCCUGUGAUAAGCAGUCAUGCAUUUUUAAGAUGAAAUAUUGGAGAUUACCGAGUCAUGCAAUGAUGCCUGCUAGGUAUCGUUGAAAGUUCAAUAACUUUCAAUCUAGUGCUCAUAAUUCCAUUUAUGCUUCUACGUGGCCAUUUUGAUGAUAUCAACGGUAUUAACUUCAAAUAUAAACUAAACCAGGAAGAUUCCACACAGACUAUUAAGUUAGUGCAGUGGUGAUUGUGCAGAGUUCUGCCAAGGCGUGAAUUGUUGACUCAGGCCUGCACCAAAAAUGUUACUGUAACCAUUUCAUGACAGCAGUUCAAUGUAGACUGGAAAUUUAAUGGAGUUUAUCUCAAAUCUAUCUAUUCAAACAUUUGGAUUUUUCUUCCUUUAUUAAAAUGGGAGCCACUUUUUCCAUGCUACUGGUAACUUCUUUGCUGGUUACACAUUGGUUCCCCUUAUUACGUUUUUUAAAUGCUGAACUCUCCAUCUGCUCUUGUGCUAGAGCGCAUCCUGAACUUCACACUAUAUAGACCUUUCCCUGUCCUGUGAAAUCCGCUUUUUUUAUUGUGCUUUGGAACAGAAUAAUGAAAGCUUCUGCUUCAAAUACCCCCCCCCCCCUAAAUUUAGAUAUAAGAAGUAAGAAAUGAUUUGCAUACUUUUCUUUCUAUUCCUGUACCAUCUUCAACAAGAAGAAAACUAACAAUUUUUCCUUUUCCUCUCUAAGUGGGUCAAAUUAGUUGUGAACACAUUUGGAGAAUGCCAACAGAGAUACUUUUAGAAACAAGGAAAGAUAGGCAACCACUAGACUCCAUUGUAAUUUCACAAAUGUUCUCUUAUUGUUUUUCUUUAAAGUUAGAAGACCCACUAUAGAUUUGUUCAAUUUUAAGGGCGAAUUAUUUCGCUAAAAAUAUAUUUCAAUGGUCUUAUCCUUCUAACAAAUUUCUAUUAUCUCCGUAGAGAAAACAAUUGGAUCUCUGAGAUCUUUAUGGCCAUGAUUCAGUAUUUCUCAUAAACUAUUCUCUAUCGGUCUUUGUCCAUAUAUUGAAUUUUCCGACUAAUUACCAUUCAAAAGAAUUUCAAAAUUAAUCAUUUUAUUGAAUUUUUCUGUCGUCUUUUCUAAUGGAAAUAAUUAGUUAGGCCUGAGACUGACAAUUGAUCAGUUCUACACUAGUGAAUAAUUUUUUUAUUUUCUUUCUGCAGGAAAAAAUCGAAUCUUCUACUGAUGUUCUCGAGUCUAUUCUAAAACCAGUGGUUCAUGGAGAUGAAGAGAUUUCUUGGCCUCCGCGAGACCCCCAGGCCAUUGUGUUGAUGGAGAGAGUAAGUGAUGUAUUCUCCAAAAUGGUUUUGCUGUACAUUUUGCUGAAUGUCAACUGGACCUUAACUUUCAUUUUUAAAAGCAGCCUUAUUUUCCUUAGCGUGCUGAUGUAAGAAGUUUAUAAUCCAUAAGACCUUGAAAUUCCUUGGUUGGUCCUUCGGUAUUUUGUAUGUGUACUAUACAAAAUCCGGAUUAAUUCUUGUUAUUUUUUUAGUACAUUUAUGUGUGACUGCUGAGAGAGUAGUUAGCUUCAUUUUUAAUAUUCAUGUAAUGCCUGGAAUGCAUUAGACUUUCAACUUUAAAAGGAAACUCCAUUUUAAAUGUGGAAAUCUGUUAAAUUAAGACAGCAUUGAUCGGUAGAAUUUAAAAGUGAUAACCAAAAUGCGAAUUAUAUGUGGUGGGUCCUUCAGAGCAUUGCAAAACAGAUCAGACCGGGGUGGUUCUGACACAAUAAACCUGACAAGAGAUUCAGAUUGGUCUGACUUCUGAGCUGUGCAUACCCUUAGGUUUUUUUGAAAAAAUGAAUAUUUAUGUGUAAAGUUUUAUUUCACAGAUCUAGCUUAAUUCUGUCCAUCAAAGCAGCACCUUCCAAGCACGUCAGACUGAACUAGCAUUCCCCCUAAACCACUGAAAUGUAUGCUUCAGUUUCAUUUGUUGUUGUUUUUUUUUUUUUUUUUCCUCUUAGGAAAUGGAGCUAAAAGACCAAGAAGGGCAAUUAGAUGAAGGAUUUCUUUCAGAGGUGAACGCUCAAUUGCGGCAGGUGAUUUCUAUGUUCGAUUUAGCAUAUGUCAUUUAUUUCUUGUUCUGUUUGAUUUUUUCUACUUUAGUAGUCUAAAGUGCAACCCGAUGUGAGAAUCGAGUUCAAUAUGUUUGAAAGAGAUAGGUUUGUUAACUUUACGAUAUGGAGAAAUUAUAGGAUAAUCCAUAAUUUAGCCUGCAUUAGAUAUAAAAAAAAUUGUAGAAUCCAUGCUGAUUUGAUGUGACAGGUAUUUGUUAGUAUGUCUAAACCAUGAUGCACCAUGUAUAGGAACUCACACCGUGAUAAUGAGAAUCAUGAAAACUUGUAACCUGAGGGAAUAUUGGGAAAGAUCAAGUAAGGUUAUCUCCCUGUAUAUGGGAUGAUAAAUGUCAGUGAAAAUGGUGGUGGUUUCCCCCUCCUCAGUCCGCUGUGACAGAGGAAAGCCGUCCUUCACUCCAUCUGUUACCCUCUCUUCGUGGCAACAGUAUUUAAAGCCUUUCAUAUGCAUUCUCUCUGUCACUUGCCGUUUCCAUCAGAAUCUGCCUUGGGAUAAGCUGAUCCCAGCACAAUCUUAAUUCCAGUUGGAAUUAAAAGAACUGGCAAAACAAGGGUAGUUUAGCUUGAGAACAGAGUUUUUGUUCUAUUUUUCGCCAUCCCUAUUCACCUGAUUCUGGCUUUUAAAACAUAAUUACUCUCUUCAUAAUAACUUUUGUUAUUUUAUGUAAUUACACCGGCUUUGGCUGAGUCCCUCCUAAACUGGAUUGGUUCCAGUGAACCUCAGUCUAAAUAAUCCAAUAGUUUAUGCGUCCCAUGUGCUUGCCAUGCUAUGUAUUCUUGAAAUAUCAUUCAUUUGUUUGUUAAUUUUUCUUACCUUUGUUUUAAGCUUUGAAAAUACACAAGCAUACUGCCUGUUUACACGCAGGCAUUGUAUCAAUAGCUUGUCUCUUAUCCUGAACCGUGUUUAUUGAAAUAAAAUGAAUUGAGAUCAAUAUACAGUGGUGCUUGUUGUUUUAACGGGUCUUGUAUGAAAGAUUUUUCCUUUUUUUCUCUUACCCAUAUUUCCUAGUAAUUAAAAACAUAAAUAAAGAUUGAUGCCUCUGCCAGGUUAAAAUUGGGCCCAGAUCAUUCUAUGGGGUUGUUUUUGUAAUGAAGCAAAUUCACAGACGAGACGAUUUUCAUUGUACUGCCCUGCAAAAGUCGGAAAACAGUAUUACCCAGUUGUGACAUAGCUGAAUAAUAAUGUUUAAUUUAACCUAUGAGAAAUAGAAUAAAGGAAUGCGACUGUGAUUCUGGAAUUAUCCAGAGAUACAGUACACUGUUAUAUGAGAUUUUCCGCUUUUCGUAGGGUGAAUUAUAAUCAGAUUUUUCUUCACAUUUAAAUGCAAAUAAAAGACAUCACAUUGAAUAUGCCACACUGUUAUAUAAGAUUUUUCGCUAUUUUUUGUUACUUCCACUCGAGGAUACCUUUCAAAACUACAUUGAAUAUGCCACACUUUUCAAAUCUCUUGUAGGAAUUAUUUAUUCAUCUUUCUCAUGCGAUUUCAGAAAACUAUUUGCUUAUCUAGUUCUCUUACUCACUUUUACGUAUAUGAAAUUCUAUGGUUGUCUUUUUAUCUUGACCUAUUCUUAGUCCUUGGCAGGCGAAAGAGGAUGGAGAUAAACCAGGGCUUGAGGCUAUGCUGCAGAAGGUUUUGCAGAUCUAUGCCUCCAAAAUGCUGUCCAAGCGUAGCUAUGCGAAAAAAGGUGAUCAGCUUCUCUUUCUGCUUAACUCCGCUGCAAGAGGCUGUGCUAUUUCUACGACCAUGUGUAUAUAUGCUUGCUUACAGACGUCCUAAAUAAUAUCACUUGCUAAAUAAGAUGGUUUGCAGUGAGGCGGUUUACUUUUCCUUGAUGCAAUUGAUAACGAGUGGCAAUCUACUGAUGAUAUGGUGGUCAGCUAGGGAGAGAUAUGGCCCAAAAUAAAGGGUUUCGUAUCGUUUUUUCCAAUUUGAGGAGGUAGAGAGAGAGAGAGGGAGAGAUUGGGGGGGAGGUGUUUGAGUUAAUGGAAUCUGUUUGUUCAACAUUGCUCACAAUUUGGACUGUUUAAGCCACCCGUCAUACAAAUGACUGUUUAUUCAUAGAUUAGAUUAUUGGCCCCAAUAUUUUUUGGAUUGUGUAAUAUCUUCGUAAUUGAUUCCAUCAAUAACUGUGAUAGCUUUCUUCAAUUUUUCUCAUGGUAUUGCAUUUUUUCCCCUUUAUUAUUGCAGUUAUUUGCUUUGUACUUCUUGUGAUUAUCUGCCCCUGUUCCCUUGUCAACCGCAGUGAAAUCCUUCUUAGUUUCAAAAAUCCCCCUUUUAAUUAAUAUAUUAUUCUGGUUCAGGAAGCGAAAUUCUGGAGGAUGAAAGCUUCCUGGAAUCCAUAAUUAAAGGUACUCAUUCGACAUCCUUCAGUAUGAUCUCCCGAGUCGAAUUCAGUUGAUAUUUUGCUUAGAUAUUCCAGGUUAUCACUUUUCAUAAGAUGGAGUCUUUGCAUUCAGUCAGGGGGCUUCCAGAUUGAACUCAUCUCUCAUUAUAGGAGACGGAUCCCAUAGGAUCCUAGGACAGCGGUGCAAAACAGAGGGGAAUCAAGAGAGAGAGAGAGAGAGAGAGAGAGAGAAUGCUCAGAAAUAAGAGGGGAAAAUAGGACCGGAAGAGAGGAGACGUAGAGGGGGAGGGUGGGUUCCGGAGGAAACCCUAAAAUUUAACAUGGCCCAUCUACCAUGAGCCCUCCUAUAUCUUACCCUUCCCUUUACACAAUCAUACCUUUCAAAGGCAUUAAUCAGAUAUCUUUCAUGUGGUGGAGUGGCUUAUAUAUGCCGACAGACUCCAAGAAAAAUUGGCUUCUAAUCCAAAUUGAGAAUGCCUGAGCUGUAAAGACCAUGCAGGGCAAGCCACUUAGCCAUGUCAAUGACUAAUAGGUUCUGUGCCAGUGGACUUACCGAGCUAUUUCUAUUUUGGGUACAUAGUUUGCAUGCCCUGGAUGCAUUUCUUAACAUAAAAGAGAAUGAUAUCGGAACCAACAACAAAGCAUUAUAAAUCUGCAAAGCAUGAAAUGAAUCAAUGAUUACAACAACCAUUGUACAGCAUUUUAAACCUGUAAACCAUGAAGGAAAUCAACGUCGAUCAAGAUUCAUCUAACCAUCCAGAAGGUACGUCUUUCACCAUGAUCGGGCAUUAUGAUUGUGUAAAGCGCGGAAGAAACCAGCUUCUAUUAUUAGUAGCGCUAUUUCAGUAGUGCUGCAAGUGUUUUCCCAUGAAUGUUCUCAAGAGUGUACGGUGUUGUCCUGUUAUAGCAAAAACAUGAACAAGAAAGCCAUCCAAGGAGCAUGGUUAGUCAUCAGAUGCUUCCAUAUUUGGGGUGUAAUUUCCAUGUUUGCACCGCUCUUGUGAUGCAGCACCAGAAGAGAUUUGGAAUAAGAUGCUGAUCGAUGGGCUCACUGUUGGCAAGGGAAACAUUUCACCAGAGGCUUUAUAUGCCGUCGUUAAGAAGAGAAUCGAAAGAACAUUGAUACGGACGGUGAUAUGUUCAUCCAUAUUCCUAUAUAUGGUUUUUUUUUUUUUUUUUUUUUUUGCAUGCAUGCAUGUUCUUCGUCACUGGAGUGUAAAAUAAUUAUUUGAUCAUUAACCCAGGAAGGAGGCUCCUACCAGCAGCGCAUCUUGGUCGAGUAUCUUCAAGGGAUUGAAUCAAGAGCAGAGGAAAUCGUGCAGGUCUUCCAAGGGAAACAAUCAUGA